ACUAAAACACACCGUUUUAACCCACGCUCCUUUCCCUUUAUCUCUCUCUCACAUCGAGAUGACACCGAACUCCAACCUCAAUUUCCUCAUCCUCAAAACCCACACAUCCAUCCACGAUUCUUUAAAUCAAAACCUAUAAAAGACUCUCCUCUUCAAAAUUUUCCCUCGUUAUUCACCUGAUUUCAACGCCUUACCCUCCAAUUUCUGGGUGUUUCUCUUCCGCGUCUCUUUCAAAACCCUAGAUUUCCCACGAUUUGAUCCUAAUCUGUCCCAAUUUGUAUUAAGAUCGUGCUUUAUUGUGGUAAUCUUGAUCUUUUAGCGUAGAAAAGAAAAACCCAGAAGUUAUUUCUUUUGUGAUUUUGCGCUUUUGUUGUCGUUGAGUUGAAUUUGGAUCAAAGAAUUUAGGGAAAACAAAAUUUGAUCUUUAUUCUUGAGGAGAAAAAACCCAGAUUUUGAGAAGAGAAACCCAUAUAUUCUUUUUAGUGAAGGAAGGGAUAAAAGCGUGAAAGUUGUUAUAUUUGUGUAUAAUAAUUCAGGGAUUUUAUUGAUAAGUGAGGAACAAAGCAAGAUAUGGCUGAACAAGGUGGCUUGGAAGGGAGCCAGCCGGUGGAUCUUUCCAAGCACCCGUCUGGCAUUGUUCCCACUCUUCAGAACAUUGUAUCGACUGUUAACUUAGAUUGUAAGCUGGAUCUGAAGCAGAUUGCCUUGCAAGCCCGUAAUGCCGAAUACAAUCCCAAGCGUUUUGCUGCCGUCAUUAUGAGAAUAAGGGAACCAAAAACUACAGCUUUGAUUUUUGCAUCUGGAAAGAUGGUUUGCACUGGUGCAAAGAGUGAACAGCAGUCAAAACUGGCAGCAAGAAAGUAUGCUCGAAUCAUUCAGAAGCUUGGUUUUCCAGCUAAGUUCAAGGACUUCAAGAUUCAAAAUAUAGUUGGUUCUUGUGAUGUUAAAUUCCCUAUCAGACUUGAAGGUCUUGCAUACUCCCAUGGUGCUUUCUCAAGUUAUGAACCAGAACUCUUUCCUGGCCUCAUAUAUCGAAUGAAACAACCAAAAAUUGUGCUUCUAAUUUUCGUCUCUGGAAAGAUUGUGAUUACAGGAGCUAAGGUACGAGAUGAGACCUAUACGGCAUUUGAAAAUAUAUACCCUGUGCUUACUGAGUUCAGGAAGGUCCAACAGUGACCUGCAGAUGAUGCGUAUGUGAAUUGAGCGCUUUGACACUGCAGUGGAUGGUAUUCAGUUCAGAAAUUAUCUUUUUUAUCACCUGGUGUUGAAGGAGGUUGAUUCAAGUGUGAAGAUAUAUGAAGCAUGGGCUUUGAGAGCUGGCUUUUACAGUUAGGGUUUGGUCCUGGACAGACACCUUCUCAGAAUUGAUACAUAAUGAGCUGAAAUACUGUGUAAUUACACAUUUGGUGAGAGGGAGUGAAGCCACAUAUUUGUUUCUGAUUAAUUUAAUGUGAACCAAAAAUUUGGAUGCUUCUAAUAAUAACAACUUUGUUCCAAUUUUGACAA